AUGCCCGGGAGAAGCCCUUCAGGUGCUUGGAAUGUGGGAAAAGGUUCAGGAAGAGCUCCUACCGUCCUAACCCACCUGCACAUCCACACUGGGGCACGGCCCUACUCAUGUGGGGAAUGUGGGAAGAGCUUCAACUGCAACUCCAUCCUGAUCCAACAUCAGCGCAUCCACACUGGGGAACGGCCCUACACAUGUGGGGAAUGUGGGAAGAGAUUCAGGCAGAGGUCCACCCUCGUCAAGAACCAGCACAUCCACACUGGGCAGAAGCCCUACAAGUGUGGGGAAUGUGGGAAGAGCUUUAGGCAGAGGUCUGGAAUGAUCCUACACCAGCGCAUCCACAGUAGGCAGAAGCCCUACAAGUGUGGGGAAUGUGGGCAGAGCUUUAGCCAGUGCUUUGAACUGAUCCUACACCAGCGCAUCCACACUGGGGAACGGCCCUACAAGUGUGGGGAGUGUGGGAAGAGGUUUCAGACCAGCUCAGAUCUCCGCAGGCAUGAGCAGACACACACGGAUGAGAGGCCCUUCCUCUGCACCGAGUGUGGGAAGAGCUUCAACCAGAACUCCUACCUUGUCAGGCACCGGCGCAUUCACACCGGGGAGAGGCCCUACAAGUGUGGGGAGUGUGGGAAGAGCUUCACUGAGAGCUCUAAGUUGACCAAACACCAACGGACCCACCGGCAAGGGAAGCCCUCGAGUGCCCCGACUGCAGGAAGAGCUUCGGCCGCUGCUUCCACCCCAAAUGAACCCCCUGAUGGGGAGGCAACCCCUGGAGUCCAGUGACUGUCAGUCCAUCCCUUUUGACCAGAAAGGGCCAGUCCCCUUUCCCAGGGGCAGCUUCUUCCAACAGAACCCUUCCUGGGGGUGUGUGGAGAUUCCUGCCUUGGCUGGGGACCCCCCAAGGUCACUGCUGGAGGUUGAGAGCAGAGAUCUCCCCACGAGCGUUGGUCUGGGGGAGUUCCAUCCAUCUCUAAUUAAGAAUUAUUGCUUUGGUGCCAGCUUGAGUAGAAUUGCUUCAACAGUUGCUUUAGUGUAGAGCACUGUCCUAUCUUAUCCUGUACUCCUGGUAGUUUUAGUGUUUCUAUUGUGCAGUAAAUAAUUGUGAUGAA